UGCAAUAAAGCCUACCGUCUUCACCCGAAUAGAACGCCCGGUCAUUACAUUAUAAUAGCUGUAUUUGGGCCAACUUGUGGUCCAGAGAGAGCGAUAAUGACCGGGCGUUCUAUUUGGGGGGUGAAGACGAUAGCGUCCGACGAUGUCUGCAAGGAUAUUUGUGGUGGUGUUUAUCCGGCGUUCUCCUGCUCAUGCAAAUUCGAGACUGUAUGUGGGGAGAGUCGAAGUGAUAAUGUGUUUGCUGACACUAGAGGGGAGUAUGUGUACAAUUAUCUUCAUCUAAGCUAUGGAUGGUACUUCACUCUUCUCCAGGGACUGUGCUUCAUGACAAUAGUGUUGGCCACGGGGUUUCGCCCAUCGCAAAAAGUGAAUUCUUGGGGAGCGUAUUUCAAUCUUUCCUUCUUCCUGACGGUUGGCAUGGGAUUGACUCGGGGGUCGCUAAAGUACCUCAACUACCCUGCACAGAUUGUGUUCAAGUCCUCAAAGGUAAUCCCCGUCAUGCUGAUGGGGCCCUUCUUUCCAAAGCUGAGGCGUCGGUACACGGCGGUUGAUUACUCUUCCGCUGUGAUGCUAGUGGCAGGGCUCAUCUUAUUUGUGUUGGCGGAUGCAUCCGUGACACCGCAGUUCCGGUUCAUGGGUGUCGUUUUGAUCUCUCUCGCACUCGUGUGCGAUGCAUUCAUUGGCAAUCAGCAAGAGACAUUGUUCACAGUCUCAGCGAUUUCACAGGAGGAGAUGCUCUUCUGCACAACAGCAGUUGGGGUCCCUAUUCUGAUGGUCCCGUUGGUUCUUACAGGGGAGCUCUGGACUGCAUGGAACAAAUGCUUGGAGAAACCUCAUGUGUACGUCUUGAUGAUUGGGAGUUCGAUGAUUGCCUACAUUUCGCAAAUGGCAGUCCUUUCGCUCGUUGCACUCUUCGGCGCUGCUGCAACCUACAUGGUGACGACGACAAGAAAAGCAUUCACAGUCCUGCUGUCGUAUAUUAUUUUUGCGAAGCCAUUCACAGAGCAGCACAUGACUGGCCUGCUUCUAAUCUGCAUGGCUUUGACUCUGAAGGCGAUACCAGACCCCUUUUCCGGGAGCUCAUCCGCAAAGACGUCAAAGCCAAGAGGAGGCAUAGCGCCAGAAUCGCAGGUGCGACCUCUGCGCACUGCAUCUCCUCAAGGCAAGCAACACGAUGAAGAGCAAGGACGUGAAAGGACAUGAAACGAAAGGGCGAUCAAUUAGCGUUCUCUCAAGCCGACCAGUGACAACAAAAACUUGCAAGUGCCCCUGUUUGAAAAAUUAGCCCGUCUUUUUCCGGCUAUUGAUUGCAUCAUUAAUCUGUCUGGCUGUUGCCAUGGCUACCUUGCUAUCUAUUUGGCUAUGCAGCUUUUUGAUUGGAUGGGUGUCGCUAUGUCGAACUAGCUGUCUAUUUAGCUAUUUGGCUAUCGGACUAUCUGAUUUGCUGGGUGUUUGACUAUAACAAGUUCUCCCACCUGUAGCUAUCUCCAGAUGGAUAAUGCUGGAUUCGAGGCCAAGUGCACAUUUGAAUCUCCCGAUGAAGCAGCCGUCCGCCCUCAACAAGCGAGAGCACUAGUAAAGCGGAACGUCAGAAGUGUGUUCCGUGACGUCAGCAUGCAAGAAAGUCAAUCGAUUGAAGAAUAUGUGCUUAUCAAUUCACCCAGAUUCAUUCCUUCGUACACCGUCGCACUGUACACGGUAGGUGUGGUUGGAGCUUUGGCUUACCUCACGAACAUUCGGUAGAGUUUUGGUGAGGAGGAGGAGGAGGAGGAGAUAAAACCCAACUCUAAACUGAGGACUGAGCUUCUGGUCAGUGGGAUCAACUGAGGUCCACCAGUGUCUUGGUCCAUUGUGUUGUUUCUGGGAUAGAAGUAGAAACUGCUUCCUGGAUUUGAGUCCUUCCUGGUUCCACUGUGGUACCACAGCUGGUACCACAGCUGAUUCCACUGCUGGUUCCACUGCUGGCACCACUUCUGGCACCACCGCUGGCACCACUGCUGGCAGCAGUGCUGGUUCCCAGAAGACAGCUGAUUUCUGGUUCCACUGCUGGUACCAGUGGGACAAGUACAUUCCCUCGUCGACUAAUUUCAGGGGGGUUUACUGAUUUUCCGGGGUCUAAGUUGAUCUAACGGAGGGAAGCUGCUCCCAAUCUUCUGCAGAUAUUAAAGUUUAGUCAUGUUUUUUUUUUCAAAAAAAUAAAAUAAAGUCUCUGGGGUAAUCUGGUUUUGCGAGCUCAGCUGAUUUCUGGAGUCGAUUGAUUUCUCAAGUCGAACGACUUCUGAAGUCAACCGAAUCAUUGAAGUCAUCCUUUAUUGGCGGCCCACUGGCUUCAUGGGGUUCUACUGGGUUCUUUGCAAAAACCCAUCCUUUCUUCAAAUAAGGCGAACGAUAUGAGGUGCAUUAUUUCUUCUCGAUGUUCUCGUGUUGGUGAAGUGUCAAGGAAGCUCAAGAAACACAUCCGUUACAUCAGUAAUAAUAAAAUAAACUUUGAAUA